CUAACAGUGGUGUCAGUGGCCUCCCAGCCUCCCAGCUCCCCCCAGAAGACGGUGGGCGUCCCACUGAAUGUAGCGUUAGGACAGCAGAUCCUCACAGUGCAGCAGUCAGCACCCUCCUCCCCUGGGAAGGCUAUUGUGAACCACACAACCGCCCAGGCUGUGAAAUCAGCAGUGCAGACCAUUACUGUAGGAGGAGUGGGUACAUCUCAAUUUAAGACAAUUAUUCCCUUGGCAACUGCACCCAAUGUUCAGCAGAUUCAGGUACCUGGAAGCAAGUUUCAUUAUGUCCGACUCGUAACUGCCACGACAGCCAAUAGUUCAACCCAGUCAGCCAGUCAGAAUCCCAGUACGAAUACACAGCCUCUUCAACAGGCGAAGCCAGUGGUGGUGAACGCAACCCCGGUGCGGAUGUCUGUUCCCAUAGUGCCAGCACAGACUGUGAAACAGGUGGUGCCCAAACCAGUCAACCCAACUUCCCAGAUAGUUACUACUAGCCAGCCCCAACAAAGACUUAUUAUGCCAGCCACUCCACUGCCACAGAUACAGCCCAACCUCACCAACCUCCCGCCGGGCACUGUACUGGCACCAGCACCUGGCACAGGAAACGUUGGCUAUGCAGUCCUUCCAGCUCAGUACGUCACACAGCUACAACAAUCAUCAUAUGUAUCUAUAGCAAGCAACACUGGCUUUACAGGAACAUCUAGUAUCCAGUCCCAAGCACGGCUACCAUUCAAUGGAAUAAUUCCUUCUGAAUCUGCAAACCGCCCCAGGAAGCCUUGCAAUUGUACUAAGUCUCUAUGUUUGAAAUUGUAUUGCGAUUGUUUUGCAAAUGGUGAAUUCUGCAAUAACUGCAACUGUACAAACUGUUAUAACAACCUGGACCAUGAAAAUGAUAGGCAAAAAGCAAUAAAGGCCUGCCUUGACAGAAACCCUGAAGCCUUCAAGCCCAAAAUAGGGAAAGGAAAGGAAGGAGAAUCAGAUCGGAGGCACAGCAAAGGUUGUAACUGUAAACGCUCGGGAUGUCUCAAAAACUACUGCGAAUGUUACGAGGCAAAAAUCAUGUGUUCUUCCAUAUGCAAAUGCAUCGGCUGUAAAAAUUUUGAAGAAAGCCCAGAGCGAAAGACAUUGAUGCAUUUAGCAGAUGCUGCAGAAGUUAGGGUCCAGCAGCAGACCGCUGCAAAGACAAAGUUAUCUUCCCAGAUCUCAGAUCUGCUCACGAGGCCAACACCAACACUCAGCAGUGGUGGGAAGCUGCCCUUUACAUUUGUAACCAAGGAGGUAGCUGAUGCAACCUGCGAAUGCCUUCUUGCACAGGCAGAGCAAGCGGAAAAGAUGGGCAAAUCGAAAGCUGCAGCAGAGCGCAUGAUCCUGGAGGAGUUUGGACGCUGUUUAAUGAGAGUUAUUAACUCUGCAGGGAAGUCCAAAAGUGACCCUUGUGCCAUGAACUGCUGACUCAUGCACAUGAGCCACAAUGAAGCGGACUGAACAGAACACUUAAGGCACAGGGACACUUUGGUUUUGCAUGGAGGAUUUAAUAACGUUUGUUAAUUUGGUGCUUGCUGUAAAUUGACCUGCAUAAGAUUGAAAUGAGAAAAUCUUUUAUAACAA